AUGGCAGAAUCCUUCAGUAGCAGUGCAGCUGAAGGUUACAAACAAGCUUCGUUUUCCGUGCAAAAAAGAUCCGGUGAGGAAUUCAUCCAAGCAGAUGUUUGCCCUCAAGUCGGAGAUGUAAUCUUGGAUUUAGGCUGCGGUACAGGAGAGCUGUCUGCAUACCUCGCUGAGGUGGUAGGAGCCGAAGGAAAGGUCAUUGCUGUAGAUCCUGACAAGGAACGAAUUCAGCUGGCCCGGCAAUCGCAUGGUCAUAUGAAAAAUUUAUCAUUUGCAGAGGGAAGCUCCACAAACUUUCUCAGAAUAGGUUCAAAUGCAUACGACAUUGUUUUCUGCAAUUUUGCUCUUCACUGGAUGCCCGAAAAACAACAAGUCUUCAACGACAUGUUUUCAAGUCUUAAAGUUGGUGGGAAGAUAGCCUUACACUACAAUGACCAUAUACCCACGUUUAUGAUGAAUGCGUUCAAAGAACUCAAUCUUGAAAAGGUAGAGAGCAUCUCCCAGAUGUAUCAUAUGGAACCGAAAUGCAGGAUCGAGCAGUAUUGUUUAUCCGCAGGCUUCAAAAUUAUGAAGAGUUACGAGUCUUACAGCGGAAAAUUUGCCUUCGAAACCGACGAAAGCCUUCUGAAUUGGCUUUGGUCGACAACGCACGGGAUGUUUGAUCUGUCACUUGUAACGGAAGAGCGUCUGCAAAGGUAU